AUGCGUAUCUCCGCCACAAGCAGCACCGUCGCAGAGAAAAACAAUUAUAUUUUCUUCCGCAAUGCAGCUUGCACAGCCACACCUAGUAACCCACGUUCGAAAUAUCGACACCGAGUCUUGCUACCGUCGAUACCACUUCAACGUUGCGUUGACACCCCCUCCUGCCACGCGCUCCUUCCGCCUCAAGCGUACACCUCGCGGGUUUCGCGCGGCCGGCCCGUUCUUUCCGACGAGCUGCUCCGCGUGCACCGCCGAUGGCUGCGCGAUCAGCAACAAGACGAUCGCUCGGAUCGAGAGCGAGAGGAUAGCUCGGGUCAAGAAGGAGAGAAUCGUGCGGACGAGCUGCUCCGUGUGCACCGCCGACGGCUGCGCGAUCAGCAGCAAGAGGAUCGUUCAGAUCGAGAACGCGAAAAUAUGUCGGGUCAAGAAGGAGUGAAUCGUCCGGAACCUCCCCCCUCACCUUCCGCCUCUCCCGCCUCCCCUUCGUACCCUCAAUCCUUUGCCUCCUUCCCAGCAAUUUUUUCCGAGAAUUUCCCUAGAAAUCUCACCAAUCGCACCGACUCCGCCAAUCGCACCGACUCCACCAAUAGCACCGAUUCCGCCGAUUCCGCAGAAACCGUCGAUCCCGCCCAUUCCGCUGACCGCUGGCUGAUCUGGGUGCCGCGAGCCGGUCUAGGAAACAUGCUGCGCGCGCUCUCCUCCUCCUUCGUCUACGCGCUCCUCUCGGGCCGCCGCCUUUUGCGCUGGCACGGCGGGCCGUACGGCGACGCGAUGAACAGCCUCUGCGCGGGAUUCGCGUGCGGAUUCGACGAGAUUAGGUUUCCGAAUAAUAAUCUACCGAAUUACGCGGAGCCGUUGGAUCGGCUGGUAUCGAACGGCGAGCAGAUGCGACGAUCGCUGGCGGAUCCGCAUCCGCUCGUUAUAGUCACGAUGUCAAGCUCGUUUGAUAGGUAUUGGCAGGAGGAUAAGGAGUUAACGCGGUGCGUGAUGGGCGCGUUAGGGUGCGCUUCGGACUGGUGCGUUUGGUCUAGAACGAUGGAGAUUUUAUUAGGAGGCGGACCGACAAAAGCGCUAGGUUACGAGAUCGAGAAAGACGUGAGAAUAUUUCCGCACGUGAAGUCUGCUUCGGCAAUUAGCGGAGAGAUUCAUAACGAAGCGGCAAGUGCGCGGGGAAAAGGAUUGGAACGACUGGAAAGGGAGAGGUUGCGGAGUCGGGAAAACGGGGUGCGGGGAAGCGGAAAAUUGCGGAGCAGAGUUCGAGCGGAAGAUGCAUGGGACGCGGGGGAAGCGGGGGAUGCGGGGAGAGGGGGGGUUCAGGUUGCUCGGAGGCUAAGCGGAGAAACGCUACUAGCAGGGGAAAGCGGAGAGGGGCGGGAAGGGGGUACUGGUGGUAACCCAUUGGCGAAAGGGACUGGGCUUCGCCUGCAGUUUGAUGUUUCGCUGCACAUCCGAACAGGGGAUUGGAGCUUUGGGUUGCCCCAUUGUGGAGAGUCCGAUGCUGCAUGCCUGCUGCAGCGCAGCCACGUGGCACAUGACGUGGCAUCCCUCUUCCUGCAGGCGUCCCAUUGGCUCUGCCUCUCCUCCCUACUCCAGCUGUUCCGCUUCCGGAAAUGGGCAGCUCAGAUGCGGGCGGCUGAGCGGGCGGUGGAGCCAGUGGACAAGCGGUGGGCUUUAUUGGCAGCUAGUGAGGAGUGGGUGGCAAAGACUGAGGCUUCACUGUCACUGGGCACAAGGGCGGCGAAGCAGGUGUGA